CGAUAACAUUUCGAGAUGACCAUUUUGCCGGCGAAAAAAAAAAAAUUAUCGGUGAAAUUGCCGUCUCAUGCGGCCGUCGAUCUAAUCAAGUCCAACCUGUUUAUAAAGGUCUCCUGCAACGCCAUAGUUGCAUUCAGUCUGUGGAAUAUGUUCACGCUUCUAACAUUAGUAGUACUGGCGGUCUCCGCCGGUUGGGCUCAGGACGCUAGUCGACCAAUUAUUGCAACAACUGGUGGCCAUGUUCAAGGCAUCACGGCCAGCUGUGGCCUGUUCUGCAGUUAUUUCCAGUUCAAUGGAAUUCCCUAUGCUGAACCACCGGUAGGUGAUCUACGCUUCCGCAAUCCAGUGCCACAUGGAGGUUGGACGGGUGUCCGCGAUGGUACCAACUUCGGGGAAAACUGUCCCGUACUAAGUGUCCUUAGCGAUUAUUCUGGAAGUGAAGAUUGUUUGUUUAUCAAUGUAUACACGCAGAACAUUAUCGGAUCACGACCGGUUAUGGUGUGGAUUCAUGGUGGUGCCUUUGUUGCCGGUUCCGGAGACGCUAGAAUGUAUGGGCCGGAUUUCCUGGUGCAAGAAAAUGUAGUCGUCGUGUCAUUCAAUUAUCGUCUGGGAAUUCUUGGAUUCUUCAGCACGGGAGAUACCCACGCUCAAGGAAACUGGGGUAUGAAGGAUUGCGUGGAAGCUCUUCGUUGGGUUCGCGAUAAUAUUGCUGCCUUUGGCGGUGAUCCGAACAACAUUACAAUAUUUGGAGAAAGUGCUGGUGGCGCUGCAGUUCAUUUCCUAGUUCUGUCCCCGAUGGCUGCAGGGCUUUUUCACAAGGCAAUCGCCCAAUCAGGCACAGCGCUGUCUCCUUGGGCUUUCCAAUACAAUCCAGUGGAAAUGUCGCGCAAUAUUGCUGAUGCCUUUGGAUAUCCUCACGACACUGCAGAAUUAACACGUCUCUUACGUUACACUCCAAUUCCAAACUUCGUUGAUCUUCAGCGACUGCCAACAGAUAUUCCCAUUCCACGAGGCUUCAAACCGUUCGAGUUCGUCCCUAGUGCUGAACCAGUGAAUUCUGCGGAACCAACCUUCCUGACGCAACGUCCGAUAGAAGUCUUGCGUUCUGGAUCAUAUAACCAUGUCCCGUUGAUGAUCGGUUACACAAGCAUCGAAAGUUUGUUCAUGGUCCGCGAACAUAAUAUUGACUCGACAGUAUGGAAUGAGUUCAGUCGCAAUCCGCAUUUCUUCGUGCCCCACUACUGGAACAUCCCCGUCGGAACCGCUGGAUCUAGCGCAGUCAGCCAAGCAUUCCGUGAUUUCUACUGGCAAGAUCAGACGCUCGGUCCGAACAUUAUGUUCGAGUGGGCCAAAUUUCACACGGAUCAGCAGUUUAUCUACCCCGUAGACAAAACCGUAGCGUUGACGGCACCUACCAACACUCAACCAACCUAUUACUACCAGUUUAGCUUUGAUGGUGACUUGAACCUGUUGAAACGAUUGCUAUUGCUCAGCGAAUUCCCAGGAGCCAUGCAUGCAGAUGAGCUUCCCUACCUAUGGUCAAUAACAAAUCUACCGGUAUCACCCGUUCUUCCCGGCAACCACGCCCUCACCGUUCGUCAGCGAAUGGUUAGACUUUGGACGAACUUUGCCAUCACAGGCAGUCCGACACCGAACUCUGACACCAACCUUCAAAAUAUUCACUGGGCACCCGUGAACGAGAACGAUAUGGCCUAUUUAGAUAUAGGUCACGAUCUCGUAACCGGCAACCGACCAAAUCAAGCACGCCUUGAUCUGUGGAAAGACCUAGAGGAACGGUACGCCAACGAUCCGUUCUUCUAUCCGUAUCAAUAGAUUACGUCCAAAUGCUCUGUUUAUUGAUCAAUAAAGAUGAGGUUUUCUUUAGCAAA